UGAUUAAUUAAAUGACUCCGACAAUUGAUCGUGAUAAUCCGUAUGUUGAUGCAAACGAGGCAAACAAGCUGUCCAGAUUCAACUCCGAGAUGUGAGAUCCGUAUUAUCGAUUACGAUCAGAUCUCAAAUAUUUGUUGACAUUCAAUUCCCCCAAUGCAGGUCAGAAUCCAUAGAUACUGACACUUCCAUAACUAUAAAAUAGACUCUAAGGAAGACAAUCGCUCAAUUGCCCUUCCCCUCCACGCCCUCGACUCCCUGCAUCAUCACUGUCCAUCACCGAUAAUGCCUCCGCCGAGACCGGAUAUAAGACCAGGCUCCAGCCCACAGCAGAAACCUCGAGUUCUCUCACAAGAUGAGCUUUUAAGACGCUCUCUAAGACCGGAGCCUUCAAUAGCAACAGCGACGACCCCCAUCCCUACCUCCGCCCACUCCGCCGCUCCUCCAUCAACAUCACAACCCGCUUCCUCCGCCAGACCCUCCUCUAUUCUCUCCCGAUUCCGAACCAGCUUCUCCCGCCUCCCAGUCCCCGUCCAACGGACGCUCCGAGUCGCUCGUGUCCUCGCUCCCAUUGUCCCAAUUGGGCUUUUCUUUUCCGAACAUGUCCUGCAAGUGAUGUGGGUGCGCGGGCCCAGUAUGACCCCGUACUUGAACGAGGAUUAUGCACAGAUGCAGACAAAGAGUGAUAUGGUGCUGGUGAAUAUGUGGCCAUGGGGCGGAUGGCCAUGGGAGAGGAAAAGGAGGCUGGAGAGGGGGAUGGUCGUUACCUUUCGUUCACCCGCGAAUCCCGACAAUAUCGCUAUCAAACGUGUCAUCGCUCUGCCCGGGGAUCGAGUCACGACAAGAGAACCCUGCCCACGGGAAUCCCAGAUCGUACCGUUCAACCACGUCUGGCUAGAAGGAGACUCGGCCGAUCCGAAAAGGUCGUUGGACAGUAAUACCUACGGGCCUGUCAGCAUCAGUCUGAUCACUGGCCGCGUGAUCGCAGUUCUAUGGCCACGGACGAGGUUGUUACGGUGGUGGGAUUGGGAGAAUGGCGGCGAUAAUGGGAUUAGCGACGAAAGGAAAUCGACGUAUGGAACGGCGGUCAGGGAAAGGGUGUUGAAGGAGGCUGUGAAGCUGGAAAAGCCGGUUCUGGAAUAGAAAUUGUUACCGACAUCCUUUCUCUUAACCUCCUAGUACCGCUUUGAUGCGGUAUUGGGAGGGCACUUUGAGGGUGAACUGGCAUUUCUUGGCCAUUUCAAGGGGGGGGCAUUUGUCUUUCUCGUGUACUUUAUAGAAUCAUAAACCCGCAUGCGUUCCUGUAACUAUGAAUAAUACCGAAUAAAAGAGAAUUCCACUGAAUAACGAGAGGCAAGAUUCUAGGUAGGGUCACAG